AUGCUGAGAGGUGCGAGAUUGUGUAGAGGUGCACGUAUAGCUAGGACUACAUUCGCUGCACUUCCAAGAGUGCCAGUUGCAAGAUUAGCUGCUCCACUUCCUAGAUUUCCUCUCAGAUUAGCCUCUACAGUAUCGAAUCAACCACCACCAGAGGCCAUAAAACUUACAGAAAAGGACAUUUCUAGAUUACAAAGACAACGUAAUAUUGGUAUUUCAGCCCACAUUGAUUCUGGUAAAACAACUUUAACUGAGCGUGUUCUUUACUAUACAGGUAGAGUUAAAGAUAUUCAUGAGGUUAGAGGUAGAGACGGUGUCGGUGCGAAGAUGGACCAUAUGGAACUCGAACGUGAAAAGGGUAUCACUAUUCAAUCAGCUGCAACUUUCUGUGACUGGGAGGCUACACCACCAGCUCUCGAAAGAUCAUUGUCUGGCGAAAAGGAUGGUAUGGGUGAAGGCGGCGAGAAGGAACGCUACGCUAUCAAUAUUAUCGACACACCAGGUCACGUUGAUUUCACAAUUGAAGUAGAAAGAGCACUUAGAGUUCUUGACGGUGCCGUCUUAGUUCUUUGCGCUGUCUCAGGUGUACAAUCACAAACAAUCACAGUCGAUAGACAAAUGAAGCGUUACGAUGUACCACGUGUUUGCUUUAUCAACAAAAUGGACAGAGCAGGUGCUAACCCAUGGAGAGUUAUCGAUCAAAUCAGACAAAAGCUCCGUUUGAAUGCAGCAGCAGUACAAGUUCCAAUUGGUGCAGAAGACAACCUAACUGGUGUUGUAGAUCUUGUUAGAUGGAAAGCAAUCUACAACGAAGGCUAUAAGGGUGUCGAUGUUAUUGAAUCUGAUGAAAUUCCAGCAGAUUUGCUCGAAUUUGCUCAACAGAAGAGACAGGAACUUAUCGAGCAGCUUUGUGAUGCUGAUGAAAGUUUAGGUGACAAGAUGAUCAUGGAAGAGCCAAUAACAAAUCAUGACAUUGCAGCUGCUAUCCGUAGAUCAACGAUAUCUAGAAAAUUCACUCCAGUUUACGUAGGAAGUGCCUUCAAGAACGUUGGUGUUCAACCAGUCUUAGACGGUGUUUGUUCAUACCUCCCUGAUCCAUCUGAAGUUGCUGUCGAAGCUACUGAUACUAAGCUUCCUGCAAACAGCCCACCUGUACAAGUCAUCCCUGCUUCAGAUGUCGCUCUCGUUGGUCUCGCUUUCAAGCUCGAAGAAGGUCGUUUCGGUCAAUUGACUUACAUGAGAGUUUACCAAGGUGUACUCAAAAGAGGUGGUGUCAUCUUCAACGCACGUACCGGAAAGAAAGUCAAGGUACCACGUCUUGUGAGAAUGCACAGUAAUGAUAUGGAAGAUGUCGAGUCAAUUGGUGCCGGUGAAAUCUGUGCUAUGUUCGGUGUUGAAUGUAGCUCAGGUGAUACUUUCACAGAUGGUACUACAUCUUACACGAUGACAAACAUGUUUGUUCCAGAUCCUGUAGUUUCAUUGUCUAUCAAACCAGCUGGUCAAGAGACACCUAAUUUCUCAAAAGCACUCAACAGAUUCCAAAAGGAAGACCCAACAUUCAGAGUACAUGUUGAUAGCGAAUCACAAGAAACUAUCAUUAGUGGUAUGGGUGAACUUCACUUGGAUAUCUACGUAGAGAGAAUGAGAAGAGAAUACAAGGUUGAUUGCAAAGUUGGUAAACCUCAAGUUGCAUUUAGAGAGACAAUCACACAACCUGCUGAAUUCAGUUAUACACACAAGAAGCAAUCAGGUGGUGCUGGUCAAUUCGGUAGAAUGAUUGGUAGAAUCGAACCAAUGACGAUUGAUGAAACUGGAAAGGAUGUAGGAUUUGAAAACAGAGUUACUGGUGGUAACAUUCCAAACAGCUACAUGCCAUCAAUUGAGAAGGGAUUCUACGACGCUUUAGCAAAGGGUGCAUUAUCAGGACACAACACUACAGGUGUAAAGAUGAUUGUCGAAGAUGGUGCUCAUCACCCAGUUGAUUCAUCAGAAAUGGCAUUCAGAAUCACAUCUGUUGGUGCAUUCAGAGAGGCAUUCCAUAAGGCAUCACCAGUUAUUCUCGAACCAAUUAUGAAGGUUGAAAUUGUAGCGCCAAUUGAAUUCCAAGGUUCAGUCAUUGGUGGUAUAAAUCAAAGAAGAGGUACAAUUAUUGAUACAGAGAUAAGAGAUGAAGAGUUCACAUUGAUUUGUGAGGUCGCAUUGAACGAUAUGUUCGGAUACUCUUCAAACCUUAGAGGAUUGACACAAGGUAAAGGUGAAUUCUCGAUGGAAUACAAGGACCAUCAGCCAGUUUUACCAAACAUUCAAAUGAAAAUGAUUGAAGACUAUAAGAAGAAGCAAUCAGAAAAGAAAUAGAUGUAAUGUAAUUAUAUAUAGAUAGAUUUAUCACCAC